AUGGAUAAUUGGAGGUAAAAUAAUUAAAGAAGAUUUGUUCUUGAUAAUGGUUCAUAUUAAAUUAGAUAUGGAAAUGAUGUUUAGAAACACAAACAAUUGAAUCUUGUAGCCCAUUUAAAAAAGACUGGGUAAAUGAUUUAUGACUUUGAUUCAUUAUUUGAUGAAUCUUAAGUAAUGACAUAUUACAAGCCACAUGUAAGAGGAGUAUUAGUAGAUUUUGAUAAAUAAAUAAAUAUAUGGUAUUAUAAUGCUUAAUUAUAGGGAUAAAUUUCUGAAUCCAAAACUUCUAAAGGAUUGUUCAAUCACUUAUCCAUUAUAACCUUUUACACCUGAUUAAGUAGUAAACAAACUAUUUGAUGUGAUGUUUGAGUAUUAUAAUGUUGAUGCAUUUUGUCCAAUAAAUGCCUAGAAAAUGUUAUAUUAUAAUGUUUUAGCAAAAGAAGGAGUACCUAGAAAAUAAUUUACAUAUAUAAUUGAUUCAAGUCAUAGUGCCACAUAUUUAGUACCAAUAUUUGAUGGAGAAAUCAUGUAUAGUGGUUUAAGAAGAAUUGAUAUAGGUGGAAGAUUAUUAACAAAUUAAUUGAAAGAUAACAUUUCCUUUAAAUAAUUUGAUUUAAAAAACUAUUUCUUAUUAAGCAGUAAAAUCAAAGAAAUUUUAUGUUUUGUAUCCUUAAAUUAUUUUCAAGAUAUGAAAAAACCUAAAAAUCAUUUUCGUAAAUACUAUAUUUUGCCAGAUUUUGAAAUAAGAAGAGAAGGAUAUGCUGUAGAUCUAUUAAAUGUAGGAUUUUUAGAUGAGAAAUUAAUUCUUGAUAAAGAAAGAAUGACAAUACCUGAAAUUUUAUUUAGACCAACAGAAAUUGGUUUAGCUUAAAAAGGACCUACUGAAACAUUUUUUGAUAGUUUAUCAACAAUACACAAAGAUUUAUAAGGAUAUUUUGCAGAAAAUAUAUAUUUAAGUGGAGGAAAUAGUUUUUUUAGUUCUUUUUAUGAUAGAUUAUAUAAUGAAAUAAGAUAAAAUUCUUCAAUAGAUUGGAAUGUUAAUUUAACACAUCUUGAUGAUAUUGAUUCUGUAUUUUAAGGAUCAUUGCAUUUUAAUAGAAGUUCUGAAUUUUAGAAUGCUUCUUUUACUAAGGCUGAAUAUUAAGAGAAGGGUUUUGACAAUAUCAAAUAAUAUAUAAUAUGA